UCGUUGCAGGCUUCGCCUCUGGCAGUUUCUUUUUUUAAAAAGGCAAGCUCAAAGCCACAGAUUAUACAUUUAGCUCUCAACCAGUGCGGGUUAAAUAACCUACAGAGGGAGCGACAGGCUUUUUUAUCUCCCAUUUGGAGACGAUCAGUUUGUGCGUAAAAGGCACCGAGAGAGAGAGAGAGAGAGAGAGAUCUGUGGUGUCUGGAUAUUUUUGAUCCCUUUUUUUUUUCAAUUAAAUUGCGACUGCAGGGUUGAAGGAGUAGGGGAGAGAGAGAGAGCAGCAGAGAUUGAGACUGUGUUUUUUUUUGCAUUGGAUGCAUUGGAUGCAGUGACAUUUCUGGGACACACCUGUGGAUGCAACACCCUCUCCAGUCUUUUUUUUUGUUGUUGUUGCAAAGAAAGGAUUCAGCACAAUAUAUAGUAGAUACUCAGCUUAGAUCAAACAGCCUUCAGGUCAGACAAAGUAGUGCACCAUGCUGUUGAGUGUCUCCCUCCUGGUGGUCCCCCUGCUCAGCAUCACCGGCUGCGGCUCCUCGUACGUGCCGUGCCAGCCGUGCGAUCAGAAGUCCCUGUCCAUGUGUCCUCCGGUGCCGGUGGGCUGUCAGCUGGUGAAGGAGCCCGGCUGCGGCUGCUGCCUGACUUGUGCUCUGGAGGAGGGCCAGCCGUGCGGGGUGUACACCGGGCCGUGCACGCGGGGGCUUCGAUGCCUGCCCAAAAACGGCGAGGAGAAGCCUCUGCAUGCACUGCUGCACGGUCGAGGAGUGUGCAGGAACGAGAAGCUGUAUAAACAGCUGCAUCCGUCCAAAGACGGAGAAUCUCAUGACGCCAUGCUACCCGUCCCAGAGCCCGUGCAGCCCGAAACCAAGGCGCCCUUAUAUGGAAGGGACAACAUCGGCAGCCGGAAGGCCGAGGCACUGAGGCAGGCCAAAGACCGCAAGAAUCACCUGGCCCGGCUGGGACCCACCAGCAACCUGAACUUCUCCCCGCUCAGCAUGGACAAACUGGAGCCUGAGUUCGGCCCCUGUGGGAGGCGACUGGAUAAUCUCAUUCAGAGCAUGAAGGACACUUCCAGGGUCUUGGCUCUCUCUCUGUACAUCCCCAACUGUGACAAGAAGGGCUUCUUCAAGCGCAAACAGUGUAAGCCAUCUCGUGGUCGGAGGAGGGGGAUCUGCUGGUGCGUCGACCGGUUUGGCUUGAAGAUCCCCGGCAUCAACUACGCCGGAGGAGACCUGCAGUGCAAAGACCUCGACAGCAACAGCAACAGCAACGAAUGAGAGCCAACUGGUCGCGUCUUCUUUAAAACCUGCCAAUCAAGCUAGCACACUUAAUGACUUCCAAUCAGGAAAAUAUAGCACAGAUGCUUCUAUAAAUGGUCAGGUGUGAUGGACUGUGUUUUCUGUUUUUGUUUCGAAGGGGAGCUGAACUAAAAAGCUCUCACAUGUAGGUCUUAGCUUUGGCUCCCCGCUGACCGUACUAUGUUUGAGGUUAGCUAACACCUCACCUCUUUAUAUCCAUAGAUAAUAGAGGAUUAUAUAUGUAUUUGUAUGAUAUUGAUAAUGUGUUGUUCAUUGAUUGUGUUGCUAAAUUUCAUUCUGAGACAAGACAUAUUUUCCAUGUGGCUAAAAAUCAAUCUUAUUUCUUUAACUAGCAGCGUUUUAUAAAUUGUUAAUCAUGUGAAUGACAAAUGGAUGUGAGAGGCAUUUUUUCAUAUAUUAAACAAUGACUUCUUUAGACCUGCAGCUAAAAGACGCCUACACACUUAAAGGCAUAGUUUGGCAUUUUAAGAGACUUCUAUUUAUACGAGUGAAAUAACAAGAUUGAAGCCACUCUCGUAUUAGUCCGUUAGAUAUGGAGCUAACGCUGUACUUUUUUUGGUUUAACAAAGUCCACCUACUAGCACUUAUGCUCAAAACUCAAGAGAAAUCACAAGAAUUCAACUUUAAAUUUCAGGAAAUCAAAUGAGAAGUAAGCAACCGAAUGCAUUAUGAAUUGUGUAAAUGUUUUCUUGCCAGUUAGAGAUUGAGAUGAUUCUUUUUCUUCAUCUCAAAUCACAAUGUGACGACAUUGACGUCAAGCAGCUCUCAUAAACUAACAUACUGUAUUGUGCUGUCAAAGGUUAGAUAUCUGACACUCUGUCUCCUUUUUCAAGUCCACACAACUGCGUCCUCUGUUUGUAAAUGUAUGUACAGUGUGUGUGUUUGUGUGUGUGUGUGUGUGUGUGUGUGUGUGUGUGUGUGUGUGUGUGUGUGUGUGUGUGUGUGUGUGUGUGUGUGUGUGUGUGUGUGUGUGUGUGUGUGUGUGUGUGUGUGUGUGUGUGUGCAUACUGUGUACUGUAUGUGCCAUGCCCUUAUAGUUCUUAACUACAACAAGCUCUGGUUUAAAUUCUCAAGAGGCCAGCCUACCCGAGCUACUGUCUGACUAAAGUGGUGCAUCUCCUUUCUUUGGCACACAAAUCGUAUGCAAAGGCACCGCGUUGUUUAUGUUUCCACCCGGCGGCGACUUCCCCUCAGGGUUUAUCGGCUUCUGUAUCCUGCAAAGAGCGAGGUCACUGAGUUUCUAUGUAAAUUGAAGUGCCUUCUGCUCCACGCCACUUUGAAUUUUCAUUUGCAUGUGGACUCACUGUGUUGUUGAAUGCUUGUUGUUUUUUCUGUCGGUUCCUGACAAAGAUCUCGUUUUUUUUUGUUCUAUGAUUCAAAUUUUGCUCAAAAUCUUUUGUUCUUGUUAUAACCGUAACGUUCAUUUAACGACUCUUAUCAUCUCAGACAUUCCCAAUGAGAGCAGCCAGUUCUCCCUCCUGAUUCUAGCACACAUGUGAACACAACACGGUGAAACUUUGAGCAUUUCAGAAUCUCUGUUUUGUUUUUUAAGAUUAAUGUGAACAUUAUGGUGGAAUAUUUAUCAGGCGUGUAAUUGAUGUACUCAUUUUUCUUUUUGUAAUGACAAAUCACUAUUUAAAUAAAGUUCAUGUACUCACAAAAA